GUGAGGAGCGUGUUUUGGAGACCGGAAAAGCCGUGAAAACUGUCGGGUUACUCAAGCCACGCAGCACACACACACACCCCCAGCCGAAAAAGAUGGAGAAAAACCCUGUGAAAAGCAGCCAGCUCAGCGAAAUUUAAGAACAAUUAACGAGACUCCAGCGUAAACUCGACGAAAAAACAUUCACAAAUUAAAAGGCAGUGGAAGAACGCCAGCACAAAGCGUCAACUUUGCGUUUUUCCUACGGCUUUUCCAUCGUUUUUUGGCCAGCGCGAAUAUCGAUUGCUGACUGCCUUGCAUAAGUCCACGAAGAUUAGUAUACAAACGCAGUGGAAACCGUCUGGAUAAGCGAUUCAAAUGACAACGAAAACAACGCUCCGUACUCGUAGUAAUUAAGUUUUUUAAUCAUCAAUAUUGAGGACAUCAUGGAGCAGCUAAAGUUGGAGAUUUCAAAGCCUGGCCCAAACAAUUGACACGUAAAAAGGGAGGCAGCAAGAAGGAUUUCCCUGGAUAUAUAUAUAUAUAUAGAGAAUCUCCUGAGCGUGUGUGUGUGUGUGUGUGUUUGCCCCUGUUUCGCUUUUAUUUUCUUUUCCAUUUUAUUUCCUUUGUUGCCGUUUGAAAAUGGAUAUUGCCUUGCGUGGCACAAACAGAGCAUCGUCAACAUCAACGACUGGAACUGGUCUGCAUCAUGCUGUGUCAUUGGGCAACAUUGAGGUCUCCACCAAGACCACCUACUCCAGCCACAUGGAUCGCAGCUACGACUCCGAGGACGAACACACUGGACGCCGAAGACUUCGCCAUACGCUCUCCACCGAGCUGCAUCCCCACACGUCUGUCUACUCGCGCGGAGAUAUAAGGGAACAGUACUGCCUCACAGAUCGCCAGCUGCACAGCAUAGAGCAGCGUCCUAGGCGGGAACGCUUCUUUGGCUGCCUUUCGCGACGCGGUCAAACGCAAUCGGGCAGUUUCCUGGGCGGCUGUGUGGGUCGGCGAGUGCCCUCCGAUGAGAACUUGGCCGCCUAUGCGCCAUUUGAAAAAUAUCCACGCUACCAGAACAGCUACACGGACACACACGAAUUGAAAAGUUCCUAUUUUCGCCGUCAACCGGCCUCCAUUCUGAGCACUGGUAAAUCGGGUGAGGCCGAUCUGGGUGGGCGUUACACCUGGAUUGGACAGCAGCAGGUGACCAACAACAAUCCCGACUACCAAUCGGACCACAGGUAUGGACCGCCUGAAAGGGCGAUCGAAAAUCGAUACAGAAACAGAUAACCAAGAACCAAAAAAAAAGAACCCUAAUCAAAAACCGUAAAAUGCUAUGCCAACUGUCGCUUAGA